AUGGCCCGACCGUCUUGGGCUGGGCUUAGCUUGGGCUUGGGACAAACCUUAAACUUCUCAUAUCAAGAAACAAAAAUAGCGUUCAACAUGAAGCUUCUUUUGGCCAUCUGUUGCGUCGCAUUGGUCUUCACUGUUGUCUCUGCAAACAUUUCCAAAGCAAAGAUCAAUGGCUUCGACGAGGAGCACAACAAGGCUCGUAAAGAGGUCAGCAACAAACCCCUCAAGUGGAACACAACCUUAGGCCAGUAUGCCCAAGAAUAUACCGAGAAAAGAGUUGACGAUUGCGCCAUGGAGCACUCGAUUGGGCGUUGGCGUGAGAACUUGGCCUCUGGCAACGGCAUGAGCAGUGCAGCUGCUACCAAGUAUUGGGUCACCGAGAAGGAGUUCUAUGACGAAAAGUCCAACAAAUGCGUCAAAUACGAAUGUGGUCACUACCUUGCUGUGGUCUGGGGCAAAAUCACCGAGGUCGGAUAUGGCAUUUCAAAGUGCAAGAAUGGACAAAACUACGUAGUUUGCAGCUACAAUCCCAUAUACCAGCCCGAGGACGAGCGCCCCUACUAGAUGAUGUAUGUAUGCUCACGUGCGUGUAACCACACCAACAUUAGGCCUGUUGAGAGGUCCAGUGUUUUUUUUUUUUCUUUUACUGACAUUAGAAAAAUAAAAUGUAACGAAUGUAUACAAAUACUUCCCCACACUCACAACAUUUUUUUACGUGACUAGCACUUGAUAUGGUAUUGUGAGAGGUGACAAGAGUGAAUAAAAAAUGAAAAAGAAUAAGAUUAUUUCAUUUUUGUAAUUUCUAACUGAAAUAUUAUCUCAUUCUCGUUCUUUUUUUUUUUUGUCAAUCUCUCUCGUCUGCCUCUGCAUCACGCCUUUGUCUUUAAUUGACAAAUGGAAUAUCAAAAGGAUGUGAAGUGCAUGUUUGGUAUUCUAUUUGAAUCCAACUUGUGAAACUUUACAAAAAAUAAAAAAUAAAAAAUUAUUUAAGUCCAAAACUCAAAAAAAAAAUUUGGUAGAGACCUAGUUUUGAAAACCUAAACUAAAAAAUAAC